UUUGGCGUGUUCCGUUGGCAGCAGCGCCAGGCCUUCGCUCAUCUUUCGCUCUGUCCUGUCCUCCCUCCCUCUUCUUUCUCCCCUCGCUCUUCUUUAUUUGACCCCAUUUCUUUUCCAUCUUCCCCUUCUCUUCAUUUCCAUCUUUUCUGUGUUGCUUCUUUCUCGUUGGGUCGGUGGAGUCCCAAGGUUACAAAUACACCCUUCGAACCCGGGCGCGAUCGCACCCAUAAAUCUUGGUUCCCUCUCAGCACGCAAGUUUAAGUUUCCCGCACGCAGUAUCACCAUCCUCUGUGCUGCCCGUGUUGCUGUUAAAAUAUGGGUGCCUAUCGUCUCGAGCAAGCCUCAACCGGCCGCGCCGGUUGCAAAAACAAAGAAUGUAAAGACCAGGGCAUCAAGAUCCUCAAGGGCGAGUUGCGUCAUGGCUCUUGGGUUGAUACCGAACGGUUUCAGAGCUACUUCUGGCGUCACUGGGGCUGUGUCACCCCCAAGAUCAUUGCUAAUAUGAUCGAAACGGUCGGUGAAGAAGGCGAGAGAGACUGGUCAGCCUUGGAUGGCUAUGACGAACUCCCUGAAGAUUUGCAGGAGAAGGUUCGCAGAGCAUUGUUGCAGGGCCAUGUUGAUGAUGAAGACUGGAAGGGGGAUGUCGAAUUAAAUCGGCCUGGAAAGACGGGAUUCCGGAAGCGUGUGACCAAGAAGGACAAGGACGAAACCCCAGAGGAGUCCACUCCAAAGAAGGCCACUCCUCAGAGUAAGAAACGCGCUCGCGCUGAGCCCAAGGAGGAAUCCGGCUCUGAAGCUGAGGAAGAAGACACCAAGGAAAAGCCUAAGGCUAAAAAGGCCACUCCCCAGACCAAGAAGCGCGCUCGUGCGGAGCCUAAGAAAGAAGCCGAGUCUGAGGCUGAAGAAGAGGUUACUAAAGAGACGCCUAAGACCAAGAAGGCCGCUCCCCAGACCAAGAAGCGUACCAAAGCUGGAGCCGAAGCCGAAGCUGAUGAAGCUAAAGACACGCCCAAGACUAAGAAGCCCAGAAAGAACAGUGCUGCCUCCAAGCAAGCACCUGUCGAGGAUGACGAGUCCGAUGCUCCUCUGGUCGAAACGAACAAGAAGGCGGCCGCCACCAAGGGUAAGCGGGGCAAAGCUGCUGCUGCUGCUCCUGCUGCUGAGGAGCCCGCCACUACUCGUCCCAAAAGGGGCAGACCCGCGGCAAAGAAGAAGCAAGCCCCCGUUGCUGACGAUGAGGGUGAAGCUGAGCCUGAAGCUGAGCCUGAGCCUGCCGAGAAACCAAAGCGGACAUACAAGAAGAGAAAGUCUACCUAAGAAAUUGGUGCGGUCCUGGAAUUCAGGCAUUAGUGAGCUGGUCAUGUAGAAGAAGGUAUGAAGGGGAGUGCUUUGUUUCGGUCUAUUCUAUCAUUCAUCUUUCCUUUCAUAUGUCUUGUCUUCUAAUUGUCAUUUUCUCCUGCUAUGUGCUACCUGUGAUAUUGAUAUCGGCGUCAAUACUGUGCAUUUCAACACUGUCACUACAUUAAGACUGUCCUAUGUUGUUCCUGCUGGCGUGAGCGUGACUAUUCUGUGUGUACAUGCAUGCUGUGCUGGUAUAUCCAGUCUCAUAUUUCUAUUGUCAUGUAUCUUGUCCAGCGGUUCUUGUAUCUAAUCAGUCAUGUCAUGGUUAUGUUAUGCGUUUGAUAGGCUGUAAUAUUAUCACUAUUGCUGGGGCAGGCAUUUCAUACCUGGCUUGACU